CUUGGGAAAUUUGUGCCCCUUUUCGGUCUCUGGACACCUAGGGUUUUAGCACCAACCCUCAAAACCCUAACUUUGCAACAAAAUGGGAGGCAAAUGUCCGAGCAGGAAAGUGAAGAAGAGAAGAUACUCUCACAAGACAGCUCGCCGGUCCAAAUUCCUCGUUAAAGGCGAUGAUGCGGUAUAUGAGGAGCUGCAAAAGCCCGAUGUGGAGAAGAAGGCCUUGCCCCUUGAUGAGGACUUACCUGGCAUGGGUCAAUAUUAUUGUUUGCACUGCGAUCGAUACUUCGCUAAUGUCACUGUGAGGGAUGAGCAUUUCAAGACCAAACGCCACAAGAAGCGUGUGAAGCAAAUGAUGGGACCUGCACCACACACGCAGCUUGAUGCUGAGUUAGCUGCUGGGAUGGGUAUGCCAGAUAAUGGUCCUAAGCUUAUGUCUAUGUGAGCUUUUUUGUUCUUUUUUUUUUUCUUCAAAUAUAUGCUUAGAUGACAAGUGAGUUAAAGCUGGUCUUGUUGGAGGAUACUUGGUGCUGUAAGAGUGGUCUUUGUACUGGUUGUUACUUGUGAGGCUGCAAAAGUAUUGGCAAUUAAUUUUCUUUUUGGUCCACUGUAUGACGUGUUUUUUUCUUCGUGUUCAAUGCAUUUACUUAUGCAGGUA